GUGUAUUCCAAUUUUAUCAUCACCAAGUUCAAUUUAGAAGUCUUCAUAGAAACUUGCUACAAAAUCUUUCCUACUUUCUUGGACCUCCAAAACCUGAAUCAGAUUCUUCGAUUUUGAACCAAAUCUGUACAGAAAUGGGGAGUCCGACACUAUGGCCAACCUCCCCCAAUUUCACUUCCUUCUCCUUGCCUUCGCUUUCCCCCAACUUACAUAAUUCAUCCACAUGUGCCUGUAGAAUCGCAGCGAGGGUUCCAGAUUUCCGUUUCGGAAGACGAAGCCAUCAUCAGCUCAAUUGCUCUUAUCACCAAAACUCAUCAUCAAUGGAGAAUGAACAGAAGCCCCCUCAAGAAGCUGUUCUUAAGGCCAUUUCAGAAGUUUCAAAGGCUGAAGGGAGAGUUGGACAAACUACUAACAUGGUUCUUGGAGGCACGAUUACUGGUGAUUCAACCACUCAAUGGCUCGGUCUGAAUGAAAUGUUGAACAUCUACCCAGCUCCUCGAGGAUUUACAGCAAUUGGAUCUGGAGGUGAUGAUUUUGUGCAAUCUAUGGUAAUUGCUGUUGAGUCAGUAAUUCAACACCGAAUCCCACAGGGGCAGGUGAAGCAGAAAUUAUCAUCAGGUGGAAAAUAUGUGUCGGUGAACAUUGGACCUGUUCAAAUCGCUUCUAGUAAGCAGGUUCAAGCUGUAUACCAUGCUAUGCGGAGAGAUGUUCGAAUGAGAUACUUUCUGUAGUGUAGUUUGAAACUAUGUAUGUAGUAUGUAUGUAUGUAUGUAUAAACAACUAAUCGUCUGGUAUUGUUCAUAUGCUCGUCCAUUUGUACCCGAUGAAUGCUGUUGAUCAAACCCUCGAACGAUUUUGUGUUGAUGAAUGAGCAAACUAGGUUUGGUAUCAUUCC